AUGGAGUCCAUCAAACGCAACGAAGUCACCGCCGCCGAUAUUCGCCGUCUCGAAGACGCCAACAUAAGCCCAUGGACCGGAAAACCAUGGCCCCAGGAGGCCAAAGCGCUCUUGGGAGGCCGCCGCAAGCUUCCAGUGUACGGGAAGUUGGAUGAGAUCCUCAAAGCGUACCACGAUAAGCAAGUUUUCGUUCUUUCGGGCGAGACGGCAUCUGGUAAAUCGACCCAGGUGCCCCAAUUACUGGCAUACGAUGAAUACGCAGGUGGCCUCAGGGUUGCCUGCACCCAGCCUCGUCGGCUUGGGACCACUGAGCUUGCCACGCGUGUCGCUACUGAGAUGGGUGUCACUCUGGGCCAUCAGGUUGGCUACCGAAUUGGAGGCGACGCCAAGGUCAACCAAGGAGCAGACAAGUCUCGACUUGUUUACAUGACCGAGGGCGUCCUGCUCCAACAAAUGCUCACCGAUGCGGACCUCUCCAAGUUUGGCUGCGUCAUCCUCGACGAAGCCCACGAGCGGUCUGUCGAGAUGGAUAUCUUGAUGGCGUUCUUGAAGUACGCCAUGAGGAGACGCAAGGAUCUCAAGGUGGUCAUCAUGUCAGCCACUAUGAACGCGCAGAAGUUCCAGGACUACUUCGACGAUUGCCACAUGGUCUCCAUCAGCGGCCGCAACUUCAAGGUCGACACACUCUAUGUGGAACCUCCCGAUGAGAAGCCGGACUACUGCGUCUUGGCCGCCAACACGGCGAUAUGGAUUCACAAGACCCAAGCACCGGGCAACAUCCUUGUAUUCCUCCCCGGCCAAAACGAGAUCAAUGACGCGUGCGACUUGAUUCGUGAGCACGUCAAAGACAUGGACGUUCGUCCCCUCUACGCGCAGCUGCCUCGGGCUGCACAGAGGAACGCCUUGAGCCAAGUUGGCUCCAGGCGCAAGUGCAUUGUCUCAACCAACAUCGCGGAGACUAGCCUGACAAUCGGCGGUAUUGUCUACGUGAUCGACAGUGGAGUAUCGAAGCAGGCGAUUUACAACAACCGGCUCGGGAUGCACUCGCUUCGGACAAUGCCGAUCUCGCAGGCGUCAGCGAAACAGCGCGCUGGCAGAGCUGGACGUGUACAGGACGGUCUUUGCUUUCGACUCUACAGCCAGGAGGCAUUCAACAAGAUGCCUCAGUCAACCAUACCAGCUGUAUCCUGCAGUCCGCUCCACGGAGCGAUUUUGAAAUUGCUCAGUACCAAGCAACAGGUACUUAAUUUUGACUGGACUGACUAUCCGCCCAGCGAGGCAGUUGCACGGGCCUUAACUGAUCUCAAAGCAUGGGGCUUUGUAGGUGACGAUGGCACUACAACGGGGUCUGGUAGAAUCGCCGCAAGAAUUCCGAUAGACGCCAUCUGGUUCCACGCUAUUGAGGUUGCGUCCGAGUUCGGCUGCACUCUGGACAUGUUGGAUCUCGCAGCAGUUUCCACGUCCCAGAGGCCAAUCUUCACGCGGCCCCCAGGGCAUGAGGAGAUUGCGGAUGCUACGAGGAGACAGUUCGCCACCUGCCCGUCGGAUCACCUUGCUAUGCUGAAUGCCUUCAAUUUCUAUUUGACUCAAUGCAAGAAACAGGAGCAGGCCAUCAAAGAUGGCGCUCCCAAACCUGAUAUCAAGGCCUGGUGUGAAACCCACUUUUUGGACAGGGCAGGGCUAGACGAGGCUUGCAAGAUCCGCGAAAGAGUAGGGAAGUACUUGAGCCAAGUGGCGCGACUGAAGCUAUUACGCGCACCCUCCGGAAAUCAGGCGGUUAUAGUGAAGGCUUUGGCAACUGCUUUCUGUACCCAACUUGCCAUUUGGAAGCGUCCGGACGAUAUCUACCGCACUAUUCAUGAGAAUGUCUCAGCACAGAUCGACACUCGCAGCGCACUGAUCGGAGGCAACUGGGAGUGGGUGGUCUACACCAAACUCACCAAGGCUGGAGCGAGAGUUGUGUUGCAAGAAGUGUCAACAGUUCCUGCGCGUGAGCUAGUGGAUCUGCCAUACCUUCAAGAGAGCAAUCUGCCAAGGUCGGGCGAUGGUCACUUUCGUAUGAUGGAUGUCCAGAAGUCACUCGAGGCUGCCAGGGCCAAGAUCGAAGCAUCCAAGUCCAAGGAUGACGCCGACCACUAA